GUCAGCAGAAUCACUGAAGCAGAGCAAUGGUUCCGUAAAGCUCAAAGACUGGCUCCAGAUGAUCCCAGUGUGUAUCAUCAUUACGGAGAGUUCUUGGCAUCUCGGCGAAGAUACAAAGAGGCGGCGAAUCUCUAUGAAAGAGCGGCAGAAUUGCGACCGGAAGACCACGAGUUGGCUGUGGCCGCGGCAACUGCGAUGCGACAAGCUGUCAGAUAUCAGGAUGCUGAGACUUGGUACAGAAAAGCUGUCUCCAUCAAGCCGGCGGUAAGUAAGGCGAUUAUCUUUUACUCGGGCGGGGUGAUUCGAACCGUUCGAUCGUGGAAAAUGUCGGGAAAAUCGGAAAAGGCUCGCCGCAUGAGCGGA